CACAUCAUGUGAUGUUGAGUCCAGCAGCCACAGCCGGAGAGACUCUGUGAGGAUCCGUGUGUGGAACAAAAAGGUAUCCAAAAGACAUGCACGAAAUCCUUCACAGCGCAUCACACUCCGAUUUACAGGUUUGCAAAAGUAGGACGCUUUCCGGGGCUUUGGUUGUUGUGAUUUUUCGCUUUCGAUGCCUUCUCCAACUCUCGGCUAACUAUGUGAGCUAGCUCGAUCGUACCAACACUCACCCAUGCUGGAGCUGGGGCGCAGCAGCGGAGCCUCUGAGACGACGAUCAUUUCCGACAGCUCCGUAUGGAUUUGACGUCGGCAUACAUCGCCGCUUGAUGUUUCACAAAGCCCCGGUUGCUGGCGAUUUCGAAGAUGGGGGAUCCAUGUGACCUUAAACACCUCGUAAAGUGUGGCGUCACUUUGGAGGGCUCAUUUCUCUGAUUUGGAUUAUUCUUGGCCAGCAGCCUCUUCAGGCCUACUAAUCCUAGAGGUGUUUCUCAAUGGACACUCUGCUCAAGUCAGAGAUCAGAGAGGAAGGGAGUGGUGCAUCGGUAAAGGUGGAGGGCCUUUCCAAAGCAGCUCUAAUCAAAAGCCUGUCUCCCAGAGUCAUGCUAUCCAACCAUCUCUUGCCUAAAGGGACCAAGAUGAAGGUCAACCUAGAGGAUCAGGGUCGUCAGAAAGUGUCCUUCAGCUUCGCACAAACAAAGAAGCCCCUGCAAAGCCCGUUCUUCAUCCCCGCCAGUCCUGAUAAGUCUAUCGCCGAUGCUCACGCUGCCUCGUCAACCUCAGACAAAGCAGCGAAGAGCACAGAUGGGAAAACUGAGCAAAAACAGACGCAAUUGGUGCCAGCAUCUAUACCAGAGACACCUUCUCAAACAUCAGUCUCCACAGCCACUAAGCUGAAAGCGGACUUAGCAAAGAUGCAUUUUAAGAAGCAAAUUCUUAGUGUUUCUGCGACUGAAGAGAAACCAAUGUCUGUUGCGUCAGAGGAGCCGCACGCCUCUGAAUCGCAGGUUUCGCAGAAGUCAACGAGUAAGAGUGAAGCUGAAUUCCCAGCCCCCCAACCUCAGAAUGUCCUCAGCGUCUGCCCCUCUGAAAAUGCUCACAUUGAAGCCUCUGAGACCAGGGCAACCCCGAGCAUCAAGAAGCCAGCUGCUUCCUCAGGAAAAGAUGGAGAGAGUUCCAGCAGUACUGAGCAGGACAAUAACGUAUACAAAAGGAAAACCAGGUCACAGUCGGAUAGUGCUCCCCCUGGCUCCGAAUCUGAUGGAGAUUCAGCCCAGAUGUCUUCCAGCCGAAAAGCAGUUGAUUCCAAAAGCAAAACAAGAUCUGACAGCAGAAGCAAAGAGGUAAAGAAGUUUUCCUCUGGUUCACAUGUGGAAGAAAGGGAAAGAAGUUCCUCUAAGAGGUCAGAAAAUCAUGAAAGGUCUUCUAGUUAUUCCAAAUCAGACCGCGAUUCCAGACACACGUCUUCACGCUCAUCUCGAUCAGACAAAGAUCGCAGAAGAUCCAGGUCUAGAUCACGGUCUCGGUCAAGAGGGUCUAGAACCAGUUCAUCCCACUCCAGAUCAGAGAGGUCCAGAGGUGACAGAGGAUCACGCUCUGAAAGGUCAUAUUAUCAUGAAUCAGAUCGGAGAUCACACAGGAGCUCUCCACGCAGAGAGAGAAGACGUUCUCGUUCUCGCACUGACAGAACUCGGGAUAGUUCUGACUCUGAAGAUGACCAUAGGAAGACAAGGACAAGGACAAGUGACUCGAGUAGAUCAUCCAACUACUUAAGCUCACAUAAAGAUUCAAAAUCAUCUUCCUACUCAAAAUCUGAAAAGGCCUCUAAAUCCGUAGACUCUCCUCACUCUUCUGAGUUGGAUAAAAGAACACAAUCGUCAAAGUCUGAAAGGACUUCAAAGCGAUUAUCAGACUCUGAUUCCCAGCGCAGGUGCUCUCCCGAUCCGGACUCUAGUUACCGUAAAUCCAGCAGCUAUCACAAGUCAGAAACAAACAACAGAUCCUCUUCUUCCAGCAAUUAUUCCCACUCGCAAACAUAUGAAAAACGCCAAAAAAGCAGCUCUAGUGACUCUGAGGCAGAUCAUAAGGGGAAAUCGCAGCCCUCCGACAGAAACUCUGGAUCCUCAGAAAACAGUAAAAACUACCAAAACAAAACCAGGAGUCCGGAGUCAAACCGGACGACACCUUCUCGAUCUUCUGUGAAAUCCGCUGGACAUGAUAGACAAUCAAAUGACAUAUUUUACAGUCCUGGCAAAUCGUCAUCACGUGCAACCACCACAGAAUUGUGUUCUUAUGGUGAAAAAGAAAAAUCCGAUUCACUACUUGAACACUGUAAUCAGGAUGUUAAGGAAAUUACCUCGUGCACAAAUAAAAGUUUGCAAGAAUCACCAUCUAAGACAGAGAGAGAAACAAAAUCAGGUUUUGAAAGUAAAAAUGUCUUAGAUGUAACCGUUGGUAAAAACGUAAUGCACGUAUCCCUGGAUAACCUUUCGUCUAAUAAUCAACCACAUGUGAACUCAAAUGCAGCUGUCGUAAAUUCAUGCAAUAGUAAUGAGAAAGUAAUGUGCAACCAGGAUGAGAACGUAUUUGACUGUUCACCUGGGCCAAAGUCCUUACUUGAUGCAAUGGAUAUACCUGACAUACACGAUGUCCAGCAGAACACUAAAGCAGAGUUUGCUGAGCCGAAUAGUGGUUUGACUGUCGACAAGCAGUCUGACCCAAGUGUCAAAUCUGACUCAUCGUGUCUUGAAUCUGAGAAUCAGCUGGUGCAAGGACAACAAAGUAUGGAUACUGUUAAAAAGAGCGGUUGUACCAGAAAGUCCCGGUGGGAUAUUGUUGGGCAGGACACCUCAGAGAGUGAUAAUUCACAAAGGGCAGUUUGUGCAGAGAGUAAACCUACUGUUAAAAAGGUGAUCUCCGUCAAAAAAAUAGAGUUUUCAAAAGACAAUAGCCAACAAGACUCUGAAAUCAAAGAUAAUAAUCAGCAAGAAGCUGUAACACAUUCCAAACCGGUGAAGCAGACUGAGAUAUCUGAGCAGGAAGUCAGCUCAGACAGCAUAUCUUUGACUUACAAACACAAAGACCAAAGUGAGCCUUCGCAAGCAAGCACCAGCAUUGACCACUGUGACUUAAAACAGACUGUUUGUCAAAGAACAGACAAGCCUCGGCACAUAAACGAAACAUCACAGAUCAUCUCGGCUGCAACAACACAGAGCUGGAAUGGCGAUAAUUAUAUAAACAAGUCCAAGAACAGCACUCACAAGAGCAAAGAGAGCAAGAGAGCAUCACUUAAUCAGGAUGCAUUAGGACAGAGUGAGGCCAGCGAUAGUGACAACUCAGAGUAUGACUCUGAUUGCGGUGAGGCUAUAAAACAGUUGCACUCUGUCGUAGUGGUGCCAAAGAAUUCCUCCCUAACGUUGGAUGCAGAAGACAGGGGUGCUUCUCCUUGCAGGAAUAUUUCAGAGCUGCACAGCGACUUGAAUAUCAGUGAAGUCCCAAAUAAAGUGAACCUGCAGCAAAGAGAGCCCUCAAGUUUAAAUGAUUCAUUCGGUAGCAGCAUGUUGUGUCAAUCCCAGAGCAACAUGAUUGAUAGCACCAGUCACUCAGAGGGUUCCAGCUCCGUCAGUGCGCUGCCUUACAUAACCGGUCAUAUCAAUGCCCAUGGAAGUGCCACAGAUUCCCCCCACGCACUCGAUAAUUCCAGACAGUGUGAAGAAGGACACAAACAACAUGAUGUCAGCAGCAGAGGUGACCGGGCGUACUUGCAUUUCCAACACGACAAUUUCUCCGACGCUGACAAAAUCGGUGACAAGCACGAAUUCGGCAUGGGUUGGGAUUUUACUCAACCCGAACAGCCGAGUAGUACGUACCAGCAGCCUGACAGCAGCCAUGGGCCACAGUUAAACACUAAACUGACAGGAGCCUUCGCCAAACUGCAAGACCACAGACAGAACAUGGCCUCCUGCACCCACCAAUCCCCAAACAUGCAGACUAGCCGAAAAGCCUACCUCCACGCACAUGAACAUGAUCAGGAUCCAUCAGGCGAAAUCCAUCCUGACUCUCUCACUAAUGACCACGAUGACUACAAUGGAGAUAAACUGUCAAGUCUUAGUAAAACAGCCGUCGAAUGCAGCGGACCUAACACUCCGGGGUUAUCGAGCUUCGUGCAAGCGCAUGAAAUAAGCAGCAACAGUAGGGGCUCUGUGGUACCCGACACACCCAGAGAGGACAGCUUCAGACCACACAGAGGCAGGGGUCCGCCCAAGAAAAGGCGUCCAGAGAUCGAGUCGGAUUCGGACAACGAGGCAGAGGCUGGGCCUGCAGGCAAAAGGGAGCGUCUAGGAGAUGCUGAUGUAUUGAAGGAAACUUCUAUAAAAGCAGAGCUCCGUCCAUCGCUCACUCUGCAGGACUUUCAAGAUGCCAAUAAAUGGAAAGAGUCGGCCAAGUCUAAAAAGAUGCCCCCUUACUUUGACUUGAUCGAGGAGAACCUGUACCUCACUGAGAGAAAGAAAAGCAAAUCUCAUCGCGAUAUCAAGAGAAUGCAAUGUGAGUGUCCGGUGCUGCCUAGAGAGGACCGCUCAAGGGGAGUGUUAGCUUGCGGGGAAGACUGUUUAAACCGGCUGCUAAUGAUUGAGUGCUCGUCACGGUGCCUGAAUGGAGCGUACUGUUCCAAUCGGCGCUUUCAGAUGAAACAACAUGCAGACUUUGAUGUUAUCCUCACAGAAGACAAGGGCUGGGGACUGCGGGCAGCUAAAGACUUGGCUGCAAACACCUUUGUGCUUGAAUACUGCGGUGAGGUGCUGGACCACAAGGAGUUCAAAACCAGGGUGAAAGAAUACGCUCGCAAUAAAAACAUCCACUACUAUUUUAUGUCUCUAAAGAAUAAUGAGAUCAUUGAUGCCACGCUGAAGGGUAAUUGCUCUCGGUUCAUGAACCACAGCUGCGAGCCCAACUGUGAGACCCAGAAGUGGACUGUGAAUGGCCAGCUUCGAGUUGGGUUCUUCACCACCAAAGCUGUCACUGCAGGAACUGAACUGACAUUUGACUACCAGUUUCAGAGAUAUGGGAAAGAGGCACAGAAAUGCUUCUGUGGAGCACCCAGCUGCAGAGGCUUCCUGGGUGGAGAGAACAGAGUUAGUGUUCGAGCAGCUGGAGGGAAAAUGAAGAAAGACCGCAGUCGAAAGAGUGCUCUCACCACGGUUGAUGAGGAGCUGGAGGCAUUACUGGAGAACGGAGAAGGCCUGUAUGAUGAGAAACAGGUGGUGUCUCUCUGCAGACUAAUGGUCCGAGUGGAAACCAUGGAGCAGAAACUCAUCUGUCUCAAGCUCAUACAAGAUACUCAGAAUCCCUCAUGCCUGAAGCAGUUCCUGGACCAUCAUGGAUUGUCUUUGCUAUGGAUCUUCAUGAUGGAGCUUUCUGAAGCUAAAGGCAACAGUGCCAACAACAUUAAACUGCAGUUACAGAUAAUGAAAACCCUGGCUGUGCUGCCCAUCUCGACCAAGAACAUGCUGGAGGAGAGCAGAGUCCUGGCCUUCAUUCAGCGGUGGGCCCAGACAAAAAUUCUCCCUCAGCAGGCUGAGAUGGACGGCUACUCCAGCGAGAACACCUCCCGUGCCCAAACACCCCUCAACACUCCUGAUGGUUCCUCCACCAAAUUGGGACCAGAAUUGGACGGUGACGCCUCCAAACCCGCCGUGUACCGACGCCUUAAAAUCAUCAGUGAAAACAGCCUGGACAGCGCCCUCUCUGACGCAAGCAAAGCAUCUGAUGGGAAGGAAGAAGAGGAGGAGGACGAUGAUGAGGAAGAAGAUGAAAACUCGCAAGGAGGACUUCCCGACGGGAAAGAGUUGAAGACAGAGCCUUUAGGUGAAGCUUCAGAUCCAACGAAAGAAUCGGCGGAGGAGUCGGUUAAAGAGGCCACAGAAGAAAAACAAGAAGAUUCAGGGAUGAGUUCAAGCAGUCAACACCAAUCUCAAACUGAAGAGGUGAAAGACAAAACUGAGUUUGAUGAGGAGAGCAAGGACACUGAGAUGAAAGAGGAGACAAGUGAGGGUCUGGUUGAUGAACCUGAGGAGCCAAAAGAGCCAAUUGAAGAACAGGAGGAGAAGCAGACCAGCCAGGAGGUGACAGAAAAGGCUGAACUGGAAGCAGAGCAGCCCACCGUUAAAGCCGAUGAGCCAGAAAGUCAGUCUGACCAGAUGGACAUCACUGAUCUUCCACCUGAGCCGCCUUCGGAAACUAUGGAAACCCAGGAAGAGGCACAAGAGACUGAGAAAGCUCUUCCUAGCAGUGAGCCUCAGCCUGGUGAACCUACAACUGAUGCUCCACCAAGCUCUGAGACCCCCGAGGCCACUGUGCCCUCUGAGAUCACAGCAGCCCCUGUGGAUCCAUCAGUGAUAGGAACUCCUUCUCAGGAUGAAGAGGAAGGUGUCUCUGAUGUGGAAAGUGAGAGGAGUCAGGAGCCCCAACUCAGUGUUUUGGACAUUAGCGGCAUGGCUGCCAGACUUUUGGAAAGCUGGAAGGAUCUGAAGGAGGUGUACAGGAUACCAAAGAAGAGUCAGGUGGAAAAGGAAUCAACUGAUCGCAGCCGAGAUCGAGACACAGCUUUGACGCCACGCACAGCUUCCAGCAGCCGAGAACGUGAGAGGGAGCGAGACAAAGAGAGGGAACGUGACAGAGACAGGGACCGGGAUUAUGACAGAGACAGGGAUCGAGACUGGGACAGGGACAGGGACAGGGACCGAGUCUCUGACAAAACUCCACGCAGCUCUGAGCGACGGAGAAGGCGAUCCCUGUCUCCACCGCCCUCGUCCUACGAGAGGAGCAGCCGACGCACUGAGGAAAGGUUUGACCCAUCUAACAACAACAAAACACCCAGAGGAGUCAGUGGCAAAGAGCGCAACAAGCUGUCCACGGAGGAACGCAGGAAGCUGUUCGAACAGGAGGUUGCUCAGCGAGAAGCCCAGAAGCAGCAACAGCUUCAGCAGCAGCAACAACAGCUCCAAACUAUGGCUUACGAUCCAACUCUGGCGUACGCCUCUAGCCCUGGCUUCAUCACCUACCCUCCCGGAUAUCCCAUCCAGACUUUUGUGGAUCCCUGCAACCCUAAUGCAGGCAAAGUUCUCCUCCCUACCCCUGCCGUUGAGCCCACCCUCAGUUAUGAACAGACUCCUCCUCAGCGUCUCAUCUCGGAAUUGGGGCUUCCCUCUCCAUCCUCCACUUCCCAGACCACUCCUGUCUCCAAUCUCCCUCCGCACAUCACCACCACCAACCUCGCCUCUGGCACCCCUCAGCAGUAUGCCCAGCCAACUGUAGCAACCCAGGAUGCAGGAGUAGCUGUCCUGUCUGUGCCGACUCAGUCAGCGCCUCAGGUGCAGGGCCAGCAGAGCUACACCACCCUCUGGGACCCCACCACUCAGCAGGCGGUCACUGUGCAGACGCAGCCUGCGCAACAGUAUGCGACGGCCCCAGGACAGGCUCAGACACAGACGGCCAUCUAUUACCAGGGCCAGCCAUGCCAAACCAUCUACAGCAUCCCCACCGCCUACCCUCAGGCCAGUACUCCUGUCAUACAGGCGUACACUGAGCCCCCAGCCAACUACCUGCACAGCCAACCGGUGUAUCCUAGUCAUCAACAAGGAGUGGUGGUGCAGCAGGGAGGCACAGUCACCACCAUUGUAACCUCCCAAACUGUCCAACAGGAAAUGAUUGUACCCAACAAUGUGAUCGACCUGCCUCCUCCCUCUCCCCCUAAACCCAAAACUAUCGUCCUACCUCCCAACUGGAAAGUGGCUCGAGACCCUGAAGGCAAGAUCUACUACUACCAUAUUGUCACAAGACAAACACAGUGGGACCCACCAACCUGGGAGGGAAGUAGUGACAACGCUAGUGUGGACCAUGAAUCUGAGAUGGACCUGGGAACACCCACCUACGAUGAGAAUCCUUCCAAGUUCUCCACAAAGACAGCUGAAGCAGACACUUCCAGUGAACUUGCGAAGAAAAGUAAAGAGACGUUUCGCAAAGAUAUGUCCCAGUUCAUCGUUCAGUGUCUCAAUCCUUACCGGAAACCAGACUGCAAAUCUGGACGCAUCAGCAACACGGAAGAUUUCAAACACCUGGCAAGAAAGCUAACUCACGGAGUUAUGAACAAGGAGCUGAAAGCUUGCAAGAAUCCUGAGGACCUUGAGUGCAACGAGAAUGUGAAGCACAAGACCAAGGAGUACAUAAAGAAGUACAUGCAGAGGUUCGGCUCCGUGUACAGGCCCAAGGAGGACACCGAGGUGUACUGACCCGAUGUUACACUCGCUCUGCGCCGACACAGGAGAAGCACAGAUUUGCCUUUCCAGUCACUCCUUCGUGUGUGAACAGUGAAGUAGUUUCUUACUUGUAUUUAUGUCGAAGAAUUGCACUGCUGCCCAAGAAGCUCUCCAGGGGGCCUCCGUGGAACCGCACAGGUCCCCCCCCGCUCUAGAGACAGUCGGAGCCUCGAGACUCCAGGUGCAGUGUUCUCGAAGGAGGGGUGCUACAGAGACUUAACGUUUUCACUGAUGGUUUUAUUUUUUUAUUUUAUUUUCCAUUUGUGGCUCUUAAAUGUUCCUGAGAUGAUCACCUCAAUUCCAACUUUUUAAAACUCUUUACAGCCCUGAAUGAGGAUUAUUCAAAGGAAUCAGCUUCGGUGUCAAAAUUUAACAAUUCAUCACAGUUUUGUUGUUACUUUCCACUGUGCAAAAAUGGAUCAAUGACAGAACAGUCCCUCUCUAUCCCCUCCAGACACCUUUUUUUAAUUUAAUUUUUUUUUGUGCACGCUUCAAUUCCCCUCACCAUCCUCUGCCACUGACUAUAUCUGGUGCUGCUUUUAACUGGGCUGUGGAGGUCCAAGCUUCCACUCCUCAAACCCUGCCUUUCUUAACCACAAGACUUUGGGAGCCUCUGUUGUUUUAUGAAUGCAUGAUGUAGACUGAGGUCGGCACGGGAUCCUUGUGGAAAUUCCUACAUUUUCCACGUCUCCUGCUUCAAGCGAGAUACCCUCACUGGGAUGAGCUUUUUACUCGCCACACAUCGAGGGAUCAGCCAACGACGAGCAGGUUGGAGAAAAAAAAAGGAUUGGGAGGGAGGGGGGGUUGGAGAUCAAUAUUUUCUUGUCUUUUAUCAAUUUAUGUAUAAUAACGGGAGCAGAGUUUGAAUGCUAUGUUUGAAGUGCUGUUUAGCUGUUUGUCCAUCCCCCCUCCUCAACUCGUCUCCUCUUCUUACAGGAAUGUUGCUGAAAAUGAAGGUUGUAACAUUUGCAGUUUUAACAGCUUCUUCUGGGUCAUUUUUUACAUUUUUUUUCUCCCAAACCACAGUUAGAUGUUAUAGACACACUUAGGUCAGCAUUGCUCCACAAAUUCAAUAAUUUCCAGGAUUUUUAUUAUUUUUUUUUUUUACAGCUGGCAGUAAAAAAAAAAAAAAAAGAAAUGUUGUUUGUUUAGCAUUAGGUCAUCAAUUUCUCACAGCCCAUUUAAAAUUGCAUAAAAAAUUUCCGACAUGUGUAUAUUGCUUUAUAUGUGAAUAUAUUAAAUAGUAGUUUUGGGGAAUGUUUAAAAUUUGUAAAAGGACUAUUAUUUCAUGGUUUAAAGUGUAAAUAAUGUGUAAAAUUACCAAAGCUGUAUGCAGGAGAGUAGGGUCAAGGAGCCCACCCAUCCUCACCAGCUCAGUCCUCCUCAUGCAGUUCCCACAUCAUGUCUGUCGAACUUACGACCCCCGCCGGCGAAUCACAGCCCUCUUAUUUUAUUUCAGUGGCCGGGGACAUAAUCAUGUUGUUUUUUUAUUAUUAUUAUUAUUAUUAUUAUUGUUGUUAGUGGGUUUUUUCUUUUUUUUUGUUAUUUUUCUAUGUACAAAAUAAGUUUCACCCUACUACUGUAAUUAUUGUGUAAGCACAUUGUCAUACCGAGUGUACAAACAUUUUAAAAGCUAAUAAACCUUUUUGUAAAAUUA